AUGGCUAUCGCUAUCACAAUCUUGUAUCUUCUCGCCGCCAUCGCCCUCAAUCGCGUCGGCGCCACUCCUCUAGCUAACGCGCCCACCGACUCGGAGGCCACCAAACCUGACCUAAGCAGCGUGGACAAGAAAGUCAUUAUCCAGCUAUUUCAGUGGAAUUGGAAGAGUGUUGCUGAUGAGUGUGAGCACUUCAUCGGCCCCGCUGGAUAUGGCUACGUUCAAGUGAGCCCGCCUAACGAACAUAUCACUGGAACCGAGUGGUGGAAGGACUAUCAACCCGUAUCGUACAAAAUCGAGUCGAGGCGUGGCAACAGAGAGCAGUUCAGACAGAUGGUAACAAAGUGCCACGCUGCUGGCGUAAAGGUCAUUACAGACACGCUGUUCAAUCAUAUGUCCUCUCUUAGCUCUGGGAAGGGCACUGGCGGAUCUACAUUCGAUAAAUACAACUACCCCGGUCUGUAUUCCUAUCAAGACUUCCACCACAAGUGCGGCUCAUCAGACGAGGUGAUCCACGACUUCAGAAGUAGGAAAGAAGUGCAGACUUGCGAACUGCUCGGACUAGCUGACUUGGCCACCGGCAAUGAGAACGUACAGCGCCGUCUUAGAGCGUAUGCCACCGACCUUCGGUCGCUUGGUGUCGACGGGUUCAGGCUGGAUGCAGCGAAACAUAUACCCGCUAACGACCUGAAGAGCAUCCUCUCGAGCGUCCCUGGAUUCGGCACUCCUUCGUUCUACGUCACACAGGAAGUGGUCGGGGGCACAAAGGAUGACGACUCGGAAGUCAAGGCAACGGAGUAUGUCCAGAAUGGGGACGUACAAGUGUUCGAAUAUUCGAAGAAGAUCAGAGAAGCGUUUAUGAAAGGUAGCUUCAUGAUUUUGAAGGAUUUAGGUCGUGAUUGGGUGCCAUCUGCGCACGCGAAUGUGUUCGUCGUUAAUCACGACAAGGAACGUGAUGGUGAAGCCUUGAACGCCAACGCACCAUCGAAUAUAUACAUCCUAGCGCACAUCUUCUCCCUCGCGUAUCCGUAUGGCCGCGUCAGUGUGUUGUCAAGUUACGAGGGGGGACUUGGAGACAAGGACGUCGGUGGCCCGAAUCAAGGCAACGCAAAGUGCUCGGGGUCCGCACGAAAUGGCAACGGCGGGUGGAUGUGCCAGCAUCGCUGGGUGGCCAUUGGUGGUAUGACUCGGUUUAGGAAUGCCGUUCAAGACGCGCCGCUGGAGAAUCUACAAUCUCCACGAGAUGAUAGGAUUGCUUUUUCACGAGGCAAAUCUGGCUUCGUUGCAAUCAAUAACUCGGACAGCCCAUGGAGUGCUACGCUGAAUACGGGGUUGCCGAAAGGGAGCUAUUGUGACGUUGUCAGCGGGGGUGCGAAGGCUUCUAAAUGCACGGGCCCGACGUGA